AUGGAAGACAAGGGCCGUCUCGCCGCCGAGCUUCAGCAGGUGAUUGAGAAAUACAAUAAAGAUGACCCUGCCAGCUGGAUGCAACUGGAAGAUGCCCUGGAAAAGGUGCGUCGGGAGCUCGUGCCUCCUCACAUCUUUACAAUGAAACAGCGACUUCAGACAGUGAACAACGUUUGCAUCGUGGUGGCGCAUGAGAUGGGCCUGCUGCAGACCUUGGCUGCCAACGAAGGCAAGAGUCUGACUGCUGAGGACUUGUCUAAGGCCUCCGGGUACAAUGCCGGCCUUAUUGCUCGAGUGAUGCGCAUGCUAACAGCCAUCGGCUUUGCAAAUGAGACCGGGUAUCAGACUUACACGGCAAAUGGUUGUACCUUGGCUCAAAACACGGCAGGCGCUAUUGGAGGCAUGAUUAUCUCGUUGAGUGUUCCCAAAUCUCGCAAUGACAUUGUCUUCCCCGUUGCAAGUCAAAUCCGGCAAUAUCUCCGGCAAAACAAACCUGUUGAUAUCAGCAAAACGCCCCCAGCAUACGAUUUCGCGAUGGGGGAGGCCAUCUGGCAAACGCUAGCGAAAGACACCGAGUGGAAAACAGGCUUUGACGACAAUAUGACCGUUCGGAACAAGACGCUCUCUGUUCCAUGGCAUGUGAAAUAUCCGGUUGGGGAGAAAUUAGCCGGACAGACAGUGUCGACAAAGCCGAUUAUUGUUGAUGUGGGUGGUAAUCAGGGGGUAGAUCUACAGCGCUUUGCGGAUACAUUCCCUGAGCUAGACUGCGAGCUGAUCUUGCAGGACCUCCCGGAGACUAUAGCUAGGAUUCCUGGAGAGCUUGACUCUCGAAUCAAGCCGACUGUGCAUGACUUCUUUACAGAGCAGACUUCAAAGGGUGCUGAUAUAUACUACCUCAAAUCGAUCCUUCAUGACUGGGACGACCUCGCCUCCCGCAAGAUCCUUUCCAACAUUGCGAAGGUCAUGCUACCUCAGUCUCGUCUCCUUAUCAAUGAAAUGAUCCUUGCUGAUCUCAAUGAGUCAAUGAUCAGGAGUAAUAUGGAUAUGCUUAUGCUGUUCUUCACGAACGGGAUGGAGCGUACCCAGAAACAGUGGAAUGAGCUGUUGGCCGCGGUGGAACCACCUCUCAAGCUCGUUCAGGUCUGGUCAGCUCCCGGGGAUCAACAAUGUGUCAUGGAAACUCGUCUGGCGGAGUAG